GGUGCCAGCGUCACUCAGCCAAGAGGAACUCCUGUUCUCAGUGCACUGUGGAAAAAAGAUGAAAGGGGUUGAAAGAAGAAAACAAUAAGUGAAUAGCAUGAAGACUUAAGGCAUUGCCAUCACUGUGUGAUUGUUUCUUUCUUUAUCUUUUAUUUUAUUUAUCGUGUAUUUUUUAAAGAAGAAAAAAAAGUUUGUCGUGUAAUAUUGGAUCUGAAUCUAGUGUGAUAAAUAGACUUGAAAGUCCCGUGAGAUAACGUGCAAAAUAAGGAAUGAAACAGGAAGUGUGAACUGAAAAGAGGACUUUCUAACUAUGAGAGCAGAUGUAAUGAUUGCCAUAUUGUGCAAAUGCAUAAGAACUUGUGAGAAAUCUUUGUUACCCAGUAUAUUGUUUUGUGGCAUGAUGGGAUUACCAAAUAUUGUGUUGAUGUAAUCCCACCAAAUUGCACUGCACAUUCCAUAGGAAAUUCUGUGUAUUUAUUUGUAUUUUAUAUUAGGUAAAGAAUCUCAUUUGUUAUACUGUUGAUAUCUACAACCUUUAUUUUUUGUGAUUACAAAGCAAAAGAUCUGUUCUUAUCCGAGAGUCUUUACCCGAGAAAUUCUUUCUGUUACUGGUACCCUUUCUCUACCUCCCUCCCAUUCCAUGUCCUCAAAACAUCAGUUCUACCGCUUGGAGUCUGAUUAUUAUAGCCAUGAAGAAUCCCGCACACACUCAGGACACAAUCACAGGACAUACAAGAAAUUCAGCUUUGAUAACUACAGCCAGCUACCAUCCCCUGAGGAUUCACAGGAUAGGGGCAGAGAUAGAAAGGAGAUUUUUUAUUUGCCCUUGGCUGGAAAAGAGCCUCACCGAGGGGGACAAGGAAUCCAGGACGAAAAAACUUGGAAGGAAGAUUGCAGAAACCAGAGGAAGAUCAAGGAAUAUCCACAACAGGAACUAUACUGUCAGAGAAGUAUAUCAUCGUGGGAUCAGAAGGUGUCUGCUGGGCAGAGCUUCAGUUAUUUAGGGGGCAGGAUGUACCCUCCCCCUUCAGAUGGGGGUCUUGGGAGGUUCAUUCCCAGUGGUGGAAGUGGAGGUUCCCUGUGGUCAGCGAGAGCACCCGUCUGUCGCCCACGGUUCUGGAAGCUCUUCCUGCUCGUGAUUCUUUUGCUGAUGAUGGCACAAUUCUCCCUUAACAUUCUCUUCUACAGGAACUACGACUCUUUAUUCUAUGUUAAUGUUACUUCAGCAGAAACACUUGCCACUUUUGAGUCAAAGGUUCGAUGGGUGAGCUCUAAGUUGCCAUGGCUGCAUUCCACUACAGGGAAGCCCCCAGUGGUGGCUCCGCUACACCACCCGGGGGUAAUGCCGUCAAGUAGUACCCUUGUGGUAGGGGACAAAAGCAUCAGUGGAAAGUUAGAGGAGAAGGUGCUUCUCUCGAAAGACAAGGAGAAUGAAUCUCAGGUGAACAAAAAUGAAAAGGAAGUGGUGGAUAAGGUUCACAGAACCUUGUCAAAUGAAGGAGGAGGAGGAGGAGGAGGAGGAGGAGGAGGAGGAGGAGGAGGAGGAGGAGGAGGAGGAGGAGGAGGAGGAGGAGGAGGAGGAGGAGGAGGAAAAGAAGAAAAAGAAAAAGAAACAAAUAAUAUAAAAGAAAAAGAAGUAAAAGGAUGGUCAGAAAAAGAAAAAGAAAAAGAAACAAACAAUAUAAAAGAAAAGGAAGUAAAAGAAUGGUCAGAAAAAGAAAAAGAAAAAAUCAGUAUAAAAGAAAAGGAAGGAAAACUAGGGUCAGGUCCAGCCUCAGGGGCAGGUUUAAAGCCAUCUAAGAUUGAGGCGCCUCCUCAAUCAGUGAAUUCAGCAAAUGAUUCAAAACUUAGUAGUGCGACAAACAAAAAUGAAUUGUCAGUCAAAGCACCGUCCAAAGUAGUGAACGGUAGUGAUGGAAAAUCAGAUGCCAAACUGUUGAAAAUACCUCAAAUUGACAAAGAAAUAGGAAAAUUGACAAAUAUUAGCACCAGUAGAGUUGCUGGGGAGCAAAAGCGAGUUCUGCUGAGCAAAGAAAAAGCCCUGUGUCCCCCCGUCCCCCCGAAGUUAGUGGGCUCUGUCAAAAUCUAUCGAUCAGUGCCAACCUUAGAGGAGCAAGAAAAGAGCAGGCCAGAGCUUGAACCUGGAGGUCGUUUUCGGCCAGCUGAGUGCCGUGCACGCCAUCGAGUUGCCAUUAUCAUUCCAUACAGAGACAGAGUCCAGCACUUAGCCAUGUUCAUAUACCACAUACAUCCCAUAUUACAGCGACAGCAGAUCGACUAUGCGAUCUAUGUGGUUGAGCAAGCAGGGAGUGGCAAGUUUAACAGAGCAAUGCUGAUGAACGUUGGUGCUCUCGAGGCCCUGAAACAAUAUCCGUAUGACUGUUUUAUAUUCCAUGAUGUUGAUUUGCUGCCAGAGGAUGACCGUAACUUAUACACUUGCCCAGAACAGCCAAGGCAUAUGUCCAUAGCUAUUGACAGUAUGGGAUAUAAACUGCCAUACAACGACAUCUUUGGAGGAGUGAGUGCCAUGACAGCUGACCAGUUUCGAACUGUCAAUGGCUUCAGCAACAAGUUUUGGGGUUGGGGUGGUGAGGACGAUGACAUGUCUAACAGAAUCAAAUUCCAUGGCUUUUUCAUCUCACGGUACCCAGCAAAUAUUGGACGCUACACCAUGCUCUCCCACAAGAAGGAUGAACCAAACCCAAGACGAUAUCAUUAUCUGUAUGAUGGGAAGAAGAGAUUCAAAUCAGAUGGGCUGAACAGCGUCAAAUACCGGACCUUGGACCUCCAGCUUCGUAGGUUAUAUACUUGGGUGUAUGUAGAUCUUUACCCCUCAUGAUUAAAUGUGUGUACGCAUAUGAUCAUUCAUGUGUGUGCAAGUUUGAUUGUUUAUGUAUGUGCCUUUGUUAUUGUUCAUCAGUGUGUCACUGCAUUUUUGAACACGAAGACUCUGUACUUGGAUCAGGAACUGUGAUAAUGUCGGAUAGUUUGAUAUAUAAGUCGGUUCAUCUCAUCAGUCACAAGUGUAGGAAAUCUCAUUGAAUUAAAUGUUUAGCACAUCAUUUGUCACCAGCAUCAACCAUUUAUAUUUAUUGACAAGAUGAUCAUUCUCAUGUGAGUAAGUGAGUCAUGAGUGCAAUUGAUUAAUUGUUUUAGAGAAUUUUUAUUGAGUAUUUAUUAAAGUGCUAGUGACUUGU